GUGGCGGUGUGGCGUCGCAGAGCCAAAGCUGAAGCGGUUUGUUUUCAUUAGCUGCUAGCCGUUAGCAUUGAAGCUUCUGUGAAAGAUGCCCGUGUCUGUCAUGAUGGCUGAACUUGAUGAAAAGCUGCUGCUGCAGUUCGAAACUCAGGAGCUGGAGGCUCCUGGUGGCAUUGCAACACCUCAGGUGUAUUCACAGUUAUUGGUCCUCUAUCUACUGCACAAUGACAUGAACAAUGCCAGAUAUCUUUGGAAGCGGAUACCCCAAGCAAUCAAGACAGCAAACCCAGAGUUGGCAGCUAUAUGGGCAGUAGGACAGUGUAUAUGGCAGCGAGACUUCCCAGGGAUCUACACUGCUAUUGCUGCUCACCAGUGGUCUGAAAGCAUUCUUCCUGUGAUGGAAGCCUUGCGAGAGUCCACCCGUAGGAGGGCAUAUGGGCUAGUAGCACAAGCUUACACCUCAAUCAGUGCAGAGGACUUUGCUGCCUUCGUGGGAUACUCUGUAGAAGAGGCGGUGAAAGGUGUAGUCAGCCAUGGGUGGCAGGCAGAUCCCAACACCAGGAUGAUCAUGCCACAGAAACCAGAUCCGCCCCCGGUCUCGCUGGUUCCAAACGAACAACAACUGGCCAGACUUACCGACUACGUGGCUUUUCUUGAGAACUGAUAAGCACUCUACCAUCUCCAAUCCUCUACCCCACCACCUCUCAGAUACUCUGUUUUAGGAGGAAACUCAGAUACUCUGUUUUGUUUUUCAUCUUGUGUCCAGGACUCUCACAAAAACUGGGCUGUCCUGCCCAGUGAUGGAACCUCCAUGUCUCUCUUUACUGUUUUGUUUCUUGAGCUAAUUUUCCAUAAUGAUAUUGAACAAGAUUUCCAAAAAGUUUUACUUGUACAAAUUUGAUGCCCGCUUUGGAGUGUGACACUGUUGUCAAAACUGUAAAUGAUCAUUUUUCUUCAUAAAUACUUAACUAUAUCCACAUAUUA